UUUGGAUCUACUGCAUCUUGUGGAAUCUACUAAAUGAAAUGGCACAUGAGACAUAUUGAGACACCAAGCAAGGCAGACACAAUUGUGAAUAAUAUCGCUUGGUUAACAUAGUAUGCGUUAUGGAUAUUCAAGACAUUGAAAGCGUCAUUUUGUAUUAUGGACGAUCCGAGUUUUUUUAUACCAUGCAAAAGGCGGCGUUAGAUGGAUUAUCAAAAUUCCCUCACCAUUCCGCGUUCAGACUUUUCAACGGCAUUGCAUUAGUGCUGAGCAAUCACUUGCAGGAAGGCAUUCGAGAAUUGAAUCCACUUAAAAAUGAUCCCGAACUUGGAAUUUGUUCGAUAAUAGCUUUACUGUACGCGCAUAAAAGAUGUCACGUAAUCGAUCGAGAGUCUGUAACAUCUUUUGAACAACGUCUAAAAGAAGAGCACAUAUUUGAAAGUGCUAACGCUUCCUACAAUGCGGCUGUUUUUUUAUUCUUCAUCAAGAAAUUUGAAAAAUCUCGAGAAUAUGUUGAAAAAUCGCUAAAGCUUGACGCGCACCACAUAUCUAGCGUCAUAUUAAAAAUUUGGAUUGACUUAAGCACAAGCCAAAAGGCUUUAAAUGGGAAUGUGGGCAAUAUGCUUGAAGAUGUGCUGGCUGAGAAUAAAAAUAUAGAUGCGGCCCUUGCUCUGGCGAGACAUUACCAGUUGUCCGGUCAGUUCGAGAAUGCGAUUAAUUCAUUAAACAAGCUAUCCGUGUGGUAUCCCGACAUAAAUAUACCUUUAGUAGUAAAAGCAGAGAUACAAUUGUCUGCAUCUUAUUGGGAUCAAACUUACGAGACAUCGUUACGCGUCAUUAAUUUAGAGCCCACAAAUAUAUCAGCUUUACGCGUAACAGCAGUUUUAUUAGUAGUUCGCGAGGGAAACAUCAAAGGCGGGAUUUCAACACUGCAACAACUACUUGUGGCCACUGAGCGCAUCGAGCAAGGCAACUGGACUCUUUUGCUUCGAAUUUGUCAAUUAUUUUCCCGAAUUUGCUCCCGAAACGUUGAUCUACUUACCUUGACGGCACGUUUUAUCGAAAAGCAGACGCAACUGAACACAAGCUCUGUCGAACUGAUAACCGAGUUAGGGUAUCAGCAAAUAUUAUUAGGAAAUAUUAAAAUGGCAGUUGGAUAUUUCCGAACAGCGACGGCAAUUGACAAUACUAGCUUUCAUGCACUCUGUGGCUUGACAUUGUGUCAACUUUUUGAACAAGGUGUGACGGAGCAAACACGACAGCAAGUUGAAUUUUUAAGUGACUUGCGUCCGAGUAAAGAUAAACCUCUGCUGUUAUUACUACAAGCAAAAUUAGCGCCCAAUAAUGACAUUGCCGUUACAUUGCUCGCUGAAGCGACAAAAUUGAAAUUAGUUGGAUUGGAAGGUCACUUAUUUGGCCUAGAGUAUCUUCAUAAAUUGGAUCCUGAGUUUCUUCUUCAGAUAGUUACCGAAUUUUUGAGAAACUCUCCAGUGCAAGUGCGCCUUAAACAGGGUUUACAUGUGGUACAAGAAUCUUCGCACGUAUCCCUUAAACAUUGCAUAGCUAUUUUGGACAAGAUUCUUCACUGGUGUCCUUCCCAUGUUCAAGCUCUUUUCAAGAGAUCAAAAGUGCAUUUUCUCUGCGGUGAAUUGCAAAUGGCGUCAUCGAGACUACAACAUAUUUUAAACAAUAUCGACGCAACGUAUACGAGCGCUUAUCUUUUACUGGCCCAAGUUCAAAUGCAACAACAACAGUAUUCUAAAGCUAUGCAGUCCUUGGAGCUAUCGCUCUCAUAUAACUUCUUAAUGCGAGAAAAUCCUCUCUAUAAUUUACUUUUAGGAAUUGCCUAUCGUCAACAACAACAAUACAAAGAUGCGCAGAAAAGUUUUAAUGCGGCUUUGCAUUUAUUGCAUGAGGACCCAGUCCAAGAUUCUAAAAAUUCUUCUAUUAAGCGUACUGAAGUACUAAAUGGUUUCUCUACAUCCGACGAGGUGACACUUUAUUUAGAGCUGAUAGGAACCCUCAGAGACAUGGGCGGUAUACAGGAAAUGUUUGAAAGCGAACGAUUGUUAGAGUGCGCCUUAGAGAAGUUUAAAGACACUUCCGAAGAAGGUCGCUUAAAAAUAGCUCAAGCAGAACUUGUGCUCCAGAAUUCCAAUGUCAACAAGGCGAUCGAGCUCUUGGCUGCCAUUAAACCUGGAGAAUCGUAUUAUGUGCAGGCGAAGACCCACUUAGCUAGCAUAUAUUUACUACAUCGAAAAGAUCGGGUUGCAUUUGCGACAUGUUUUACAGAAAUAGUUGAGACGUCUCCUGAAUCUGAAAGUUACGUUAUGCUCGGCGAAGCGUAUAUGUCUAUCCAAGAGCCAGAUUUGGCAAUCGAGGCUUAUCAAAAAGCCUUUAAUCUCCGUCCACAUGAUACUCAUCUAGCUGGCAAGCUUGGACGGGCUUAUGUAAAAAGUCAUCAAUAUAAUAAAGCAAUCGCUUUCUAUCAACAAGCGCUUUGCACUGAAAACCAUACAGGGCUGAAGCUCAAUUUAGCUGAACUCUAUUUAAAAUUAAAACAAUUUAAAAAUGCACAGAUGACGUUAGAGGAAAACGAAGAUGCUUCUCAUGCUGACUUCCUGGAUAUUGAUGGACUGCAGCUUAGGACUAAACAACUGCUAUUAUUAGCUCGCGUUCAUGAGAAGUCGGGCAAUACAUCAUUAUCCCUCCAAACUUUAAAGGCAGCUCGUGACAACCAAGAUAUAGUUCAAAAGCGCAUUUCCGUUGGCCAAUCAGGCAAUUUAUACGAUCAGUACAAGACGCUGUCCAAAAUAUGCUUACUAAUGGCACAAUACUGGAGUCAUCUUAAAAAUAAUGCAGAGGCCUUAGCUUGCCUUGAAGAAUGCUUGAAGUACACACCAAACGACAUUGAGAUUUUAACUUCUUUGGCUCGGCUUUACAUACAAAUGGAUUUUAUGGACUCAUGCCGAGAAAUUUGCUUACGAAUAUUGCAAAUUGAUAACAGCAACGAAGCGGCAUCGGUCAUUAUGGCAGAUUUAUCAUUUAGAAAGAUGGAUUUGGAAAAUGCCACCUAUCAUUUUUCGCAAUUGCUAUUGUUGCAGCCUUGCUAUUGGACCGCAUUGGCUCGUCUUGUUGAGGUAAUGCGACGUUCCGGGACCUUACUUGACGUUGUUCCCUUUCUGAAGCGUUCCAAAGAAGCCACUGUUGCACCCGACCAAAUGCCGGGACUUCAGUAUUGUAACGGACUUUAUGAAUGGUAUACUGGAAAUCCAAAUGGAGCAUUACGUCAUUUUAACGCUGCACGCAAGGAUUCUGAAUGGGGACAACAAGCUAUAUUUAAUAUGAUUGAAAUUUGCAUUAAUCCAGAUGGGGAUAUUCCAAAAAGCAAUGAUUUGUUAGAAGGAAACGAUAACAUGGACUCUAAUAACUCACGCGUAAUAGCAUUGAAAACUGCGGACCGGUUGCUAAAGGAAUUGCACCCACGUUCGAUUGGUUUGGAUAACGAAGCUUUAAAUCAUCAGCUAAUGCGUAAUUUUCUCAGAUUAGCUUCGAAAGAAAAAUAUCAAGUAGAGCAAGCUUUACAGGAUUUUAUUGAGCUAUCUGCACGUGAAGAGAAUCAAGAUGCUGUUGGCCCUAUAUUGGGAAUGUCAACGGCACUGGUAAUGUUGAAGCAAGCCCAUCGUGCUAAAAACAAUUUAAAGCGCUUGGCAAAGGUAGCGUGGAAAUUUGAAGAGGCAGAAUAUUUGGAACGUAGUUGGCUUCUAUUAGCGGAUAUAUAUAUUAACAGCAACAAAUGGGAUAUGUCUGAGGGUCUGAUUGCCAGAAUCUUGGAAUAUAAUAAAUCCAGCGCGAAAGCUUAUGAACUGUCUGGAUAUAUUGCUGAAAAGUCGCAACAAUACAGAGAUGCAGCUAAACGUUAUGAGAAUGCGUGGAAUUAUUGUGGUCGUUCAAAACCUCAUAUUGGAUAUAAAUUGGCCUAUAAUCAUAUGAAGACAAGAUGUUUCGCCAAUGCAAUUGAAAUAUGCCAGCAAGUCUUAAAACUACAUCCCGAUUAUACCAUAAUUCGAAAAGAUAUACUUGAUAAAUGCCGCAACAAUUUGCGAUCAUAAUCCUUCUCGAAUUAUCUUGCACUGACAUUGUGCGUUUACCUUACGUAAUAUGCAUCAUUUGCACUUGCAUACAGGCAAAAAAAAAAGAUUGAGAGGAUGGUUCCGAACUAUUUAAGGCAUUCGAGGCAAAAUUAAAAAUUAUAUCAUAGAACGAGCUUUACCCAAGUGUUUCAUACGGAAAAUGGAAGACAAAUUUCAAAGAUUAUUAGUACUACUAUGUGUGAAUGUUCUAUUUAAAACAUCUUACGAAAAUCGGCGCAAAUGUUUUCGCCGAGCGGACUUGUUUUAAUCGAAUCCUUUAUUUGUAUCAAUUAUUUACAUAAGUGUGCACUAAACAGCGAAAGAAUAUCAUUAUGCAAUGCGUAAACGAAUAAAUCGUUAUUUUCUUUAAACAUGCCAUAGUGCAAUAUUGGCAGCAUUGGUUCGGUUUACUUUCUCUUCAGUUCGUGGAAAACUUGUAAUAACUUAAGAAACUAUGUGAAUUUUCCGACCAAAAGAAAAUCUGUGAAACCGAACAUAGGUAAGCUAAGAUUUGGUUGCUCUUCUUCUAACUAAACCUAUAAACUUGCAUCUGCCGAAUUGUGCUUAUUUAAGUUACAAAAAGCGUAGAAUUUCAAAGAUUAAUGAAAGUGCAUAACUGUUUUUAUUAAAAGGAAAGUUCUAAGACGGUUCUCACAUACAUACAAAUAUAUACACAUCUAUUCGUGUUCGACAUUUGAAGACGCUGACUAUUGGAAUGCAGUUAGGUUCUUUAAGUUAAUAGAUACGUAAAUAGCAAGAGCAUUACAGGUUUCAUCGCGAGCAAUUCAACACAGAAUAAAAGCUUAU